CGAGUGACGUAACCGGCCACAGGGACCACCUCUUCUCGCUGAUAAACAACUUUUUGAUCAUAACAGUCUCGGAAGAACAAGACAGCAGGUUCCUUUCCGUGCGUGAAAAACAUUAUUUCUUUGUCAGAUCUAACAGCUUAAAGAUGAUCGGGAAGAUUCUUUCUCAGCUGCUGUGGAAUCCUGGUGAGGACUCUGAAGCAGCAGACGACACUUAUAACAAGCUGAUGGAGUUUGAGGAGGAGGACUGGGUCAUUGUUAAUCUCCCAGAGAACGGACCUCUGUCAGCCCCCAGUGUGGACCCUCUGGAGAACCUGCUGAUCGAGCACCCCAGUAUGUCCGUCUACCAGAUGAGAUGCCGAAUGGGAGAAGCAGAGGAGGAGGAGGAUGAAGAUGACCAAGAUACAUCCAGGCCAGUGGCAGUGAGGCGGCACAUCUCCUGGCACCUUGCUGCAUGGGGGGUCCCUCUGCCAUGCAACGUCCAGCUACUGGCCGUCCAGAGGGCCAGGAUCCAGGCUGAGAGGAAGAAGCUGAGUAGCAGCGCUCUCCACAGACAGAACCUGGCUAAAGCACGAUUCACUCCGGGGGAAAAACGUUAUGGCCACUUCAAGCAGCCUUGCCAGCGCCUGUACAACUACUGAUCUGGCUUCUUUCUUUUUAACCAGCCACUACCACCGCCCAGGAAGCAGCACUGUGCUGUUGCACUGAAUUACUCAGGUGUUCCAUCAUUUCACCUCGCUCCGCUCUGCACCUCCACCAAAGCGAGGCAUGCGAGUCGCCAUCUCCUGUGCAAUAUAACGAUCAAACAUCAGGAAAUUAAAGGACAAAACUUUGUUUUAAAACUUGAAUUCAGGCAGCGUGUACUGCAAGCAUGUUCAAAACCACUGAAAAUAUCUCUUCACCACAACUCACACAGGCAGCCUUUAAGUACUGAAACCAGUAAAGAAAUAAAUGUACAAAUGGUAAAAGUGAGUUACGUGUUAUAAAUAUUGAUCAUGUAAACCUUAAAUAAGAAGAGUUGUUUGUUUAAUGUGAUAAAAUUGGAGUAGAGUAGAAAUAUGUGUAGAAUAGAGACAUUUGAGGUUGAAGUUAGUUUUUACUGAUACAGUUUAUGAAAAUGUUCCAGAAUUAUAAAGUGGGAACCAGUAUAAAGCUUUACUCUAAACUAUGAUGCAUGUUGGUUAUUUGGUAUAAGAACGGGUUCUUUUGCUUGAGUCUGCAGCUUAGCUUCGUUCAGCCACCGGUCCAGUGUUCAUGCUGUAUGAAAACAAAGAUGCUCUGUACAUUUCUACUGAUAAAAGGAAUAAAUACUUUUGUACUUUACAGCAAAUACUCACUUUUUCAUGUGAAUUGACAUGUUUUAUAUUUCUGUGUGUUUAUAAAAUGCACAAAAAACAUGAAUAAAAUGUGUUUUCUUAA